AUGGGAGUCGCCCCCGAGCACAAUCUCCCGCAACCCUAUGCGGAGGAGACGAUUCUCGCCCUGCUGGACUCGAUCGGUCUCAGCCGUCCGGUGGCCAUCAAGCCCCUGAAAGUGACCGCCGCUUUCCAUCUCAUCUACGUUUUGACCUACUCCCGCGAGGCUCUCGCACCGCACGUGCAAUUGGACCGUCUCCCCGCCUCCAGUGGAGACGAGACGGAGGUGGACUUGAUCCUGCGCAUCUCCGGGGACCAUGUGCCGCGCAUCAAGACGGAGAAUGAAACCGCAAUCCUGACUUGGCUGCGCGAGCACACCUCCAUCCCCGUUCCCGAGGUGGUCGCCUUCGAUGUGACCAGUGUCAACCCCGUAGGUCGCGAGUAUCUGAUUUGCACCCGGUGUCCGGGCCAAGCCAUCUCCGACAUCUACUCGACUCUCAGCGAGGCGCAACUCGAUUCGAUUCUGUUGCAGCUGAUGCACAUUCUUCUCGAGCUCCACCAGCACCGGUUCCCACGAAUUGGGGGGCUGGCCUUUGACGAGCAGCAGCAGCAGCAGCGCAGCAUCACCGUCGGCCCCCUGCUGGACGAGCAUUUCUGGUUCACCUGCGACAUCCCGCGCUACUUCUCCUCCACCACCACCAAAGAGGAAACCUUUACGACCCUCAAUUACCGCGGGCCCUUUGAUAGCUUCACGGACUACGUCUCGGCCGCGGUGCGCUCCUACCUGCACGUGGCCGACAUCCAUCCCUCGCUGCAAGAGAGCCCCCUGGCCCCAUUUCUUCCCCGUCUCGCCGCAUUCCUCGAGCGUCUCCCCGCGCUCGCCGGCGACACCCCGACGGAGCGCGACUUUUACCUCGCGCACAAGGACCUCCACUUCGCCAACAUCCUCUAUGACCCGGCCACCGACCGCAUCACCGCCAUCCUGGACUGGGAGUUCGCCGGCACCGUCCCCUAUCCGCAGUGGGAUCCGGUGCGCGCCUUCCUGUGGAACGCGCAGCCCGGGCAGGCCUCGUUUGAGGAGAAAUACCGGCUGCGCGAUCGGUUCUGGCAACUCUGUCGCGAGCACGGGGGGGCCGCAGCGGUGUUGGCGCAGACGGAGUGGGAGGAUCCGCGGCUGGAGAGUCUGCAUCUCGUGCGGAAUGCCUUGCGCGGGAUUACCACCAAUGUGCCGCGGGGGCUGCACCCUGAGGCGGUGGCCCGGUGGUAUGGGGAGCUGGAGAAGGGACUGGCUUAUUUCCAACUGUAG